UGUCACAGUCAAAUGUCAAUUGUCAGGUUGACAGCAAUAUCUGUUUUGAUUGUAAUGUUCUCAAUAAAUAAUAAUUUAUCCCAAUUUCUAUCAAUAAUCUAGGCCAAUUUGUAGAUAAUGUCCGUGCAUUGGAGUUCAGAAAAGCUAAAAUGGGAAUACCGAGAAUUGCAAGCGACUGCAAUGACAGUAGAUUACACCGGUAAUAAUGUUCUUCUAGCUGGGCGACGAUGGCUGGCAAUCAAGCAGAUUACCCAGGAAGAUGAACCUGGAGAUAUAGUGAAGAAAUAUCCACGCCAUAGCAAAUAUGACGCGGCUGGUGCCGAGUGGUGUCAGUCAUAUCAUGGACAAAAACUAUGUGCCAUUGCUAGCAAUCAAAGAGUGGAUGUGUACGAAUGGCGUGCAGGCAAUGACCUAACAUGCAUAUGUUCUCUCCGUGGUCACACCAGAGUGGUGAGUGACACUCAUUUCCACAGACAAGACCAUAAUCUCACAGCGACAUGCUCUAUAGACACAUUCACACAUAUGUGGGACUUGAGAGAUGCUAGAAAACCCAUAGUAUCACUAUCAGCUGUAGCUGGUGCCUCACAAGUGCAGUGGAACAAAGUAGCACCACACAUAGUUGCUACAGCACAUGAUGGAGACAUUAAAAUCUGGGAUUACCGUAAACCAUCCGCGCCCAUACACUACAUAUCAGCACACUUGUGCAAAAUACAUGGAGUGGACUGGAGUCCACACCAUGAAUACCAACUAGUCACAUCUAGUCAUGAUGGCAGCAUAAAAUACUUUGACAUUAACAAUGCAAGAAGACCGGAGAAUGUAAUUAUGACGAACUUCCCUGUGUGGCGUGCUAUUUACACACCAUUUGGGAGUGGAUUGUUGACAAUUGGGGUUGGAUGGGGAGGCCUACCAAGAGUAGAGCAAGCGGGGGUAAUUGGCAUCUGGGUGGGUGGUGCUUUAACACACCGGUUAGUCGGUCACACUGAUACAGUUCAGACGAUGGUGUGGAGACCAAAUACAUCCCCAUCCAAUUACCAGCUGGUGACUUGGGGUAGAGACCAGUCCCUAAGAGUGUGGGCCAUGCAUCCCUCUUUGUUGAAAAUGUGUAAUCAUUAUUUGCCAGAUGAUGCGGAAAGUGAAGACGAUAACAGUGAUGCCGUAAGCUAUGCUUCCACUGUUGGAUCGACUAAUGACAUUUCGUCAAGUGACAAGGGACAAGAUUUCCAAAUGACCAAAUUACCUCACAAAACGUCUAUAGACGAAGAAUUCGAGUCGAUCCGUGAGAUGGCGAACAUCGAGGUGACCGACAUGAAUAUUGAAACUCGGACGUGCCAGAUACACUCGGAACGGAACGGCUAUGUCGCCAACUUGCAAGUCACCUUUCCUAGAAACGUUACUGAGCAAACUAUACCGAAAUUCUCUUGGCUUUCUGGAACUAAUGUGGACAGUCCUACUACCAUUAAAAUACUUCAAGGUAUCAACCGAACUGCGUAUCGUAAGAAAAAAGAGGGUCACAGGUGUUUGUUGCAUUGUUUGAAAACGCUGGCCACGUCUAUUGAUGAGAUCCCCGUAAAAUCAAACGACGACACAGACUCGAUGAAAUCAAGCCAGAGAAGCCAAUCAGAAAGCGAGAACGCAGGUGACUCUUGCAUACCGUUCCCGCGAACAUGCGGCGCCAAGUGGUGUGGAGUCAGCACUCUUGUAGUAUUCAACCGCCCGCCUAACGCUAGGAGAUUAUCUCUUAAACACGAGACCGGGACCCCACGGUCUAUGUCGUCUUUGUCUCUCAUGCCAGGGUUGUUCAGUACGGGAUACAGUUCGGUGUCGCCGCACGCUACAACAACGCCGUCGCCGACCAACGCGCCUGGAUUCCCUCAGUUGCAUCACAAGCAUCCCUCUUAUUCUAUCACCACAUUUUAUUUUCAAGAUAGAUGGAAAGCGCAGGGUCGUCGCGCGGGCAGCAUGCGUAGUCGCGGCAGUAUCUCGGGCUGCGGCUCGCCGCGGGUGGUGCUGUACGCCGCUACUAGUCUAUUCCCGCUCAACCGCACUCUCGCCGAGAAAUAUGUUAUUAACGCUGACAAUCCUGUUGAAAUGUGUGAAAGAAAUGCUAAACUUGCCACUGAAGAGGGCGAGAGGGAUUUGGCCCACGCCUGGUGCCUCGCGGCAUUGACGGCCAAAUCCUUAAAAGCCAAGGUGGAGGACCACUUGACGUCCAGCGAAGAGAGCAUGGGUUGGGUUGGACACCCGCUGUGCUGUAAUCUACUACAAUCUUUAAUAUCUCAUUACGCUAAAGCAUCCAACCUUCAAAUGGCCGCCAUGUUGGCUUGCGCAUUCUCUAUAUUUAACGACAGUAAUAGUUCCAGCUCGCAAUCUACAAUAAGUACGUCUAGUUAUGGUAAUGGUACAUCACCAUACAGUACAGUAAACCAGUACAGUGAGAUCAGCGCUGAUGGCUGGACUCUACCGAUAGUGCUCCGAAGCAACUCGUGCUCGGAAGCGGAGAACUUCUACACCGACUCCACGGUGUCCAAGUCCGAACGCACUACGUCAUGUGUGUUGGAUGAGGCUACUGUACAUUUAUACUACUGUUUCAAGAGAGCAUAUGCGGAUAUUUUGCAUAGGUGGCAGUUGAUAUACAAGAAGACAGAGGUGAUGAAGCUGGUGUCGGGGCGCGAGAGCGCGUGGCAGGCGGGCCCCGAGAUCGCGGCGGAGUGCGCGUGGUGCGGGCUGGUGGCGCGCGGCGCGGUGUGCGCGGGCUGCCGGCGCGCGGCGCUGCGCUGCGCCGUGUGCGCGCGCGCCUGCCGCGGGCUCGCCGCCGCCUGCGCGCGCUGCGGACACGCCGGCCACAUCGAGCACAUGCUCAGAUGGUUCACCCAGCGAGACACAUGUCCGACAGGAUGCGGCUGCAAAUGUCUCAUCGAAGGAAACUCCACAUGGAAAGGCGUUAAAUAUGUAUAAUACACUUAUUGUAUAUAAAGAUAUGUCUUGUUUUUGAAUACUACGUAUGUUAUGAUGAACAAAUUAUUUAAGAAGUAAUAGUCAAUAAUAACUAUUUGAGUAAUCUUGUGCAUACUGUAUUGCUUACCUUAUCAUUACUAAACUGUAACCCUUGUAUUAAAAAUACCCAAUUACACGCUUCGAAGUAUUGUUUUUCUUGAUUAUAUGGUUUCCAACGUAUAGGUCGAUUGCUUAAAGUUAACACGUACAAAGUUCUCAUACAAAUACAAAAUACCUUAUGUUAAAUAAAUGUUUCAUAUUGAUGUAAUUGAGAGCAGAUACAUAGAUGCCAUCGAAACAUGGUGCUAUUUUUUACUAUUAUGCGUGAGAAUUGCUUUUUCAUCAUUAACGUUAGGUUAUUCACACACUAUAAACACACAAUGCGAAUGUGUUGCACGUGGCAGCUUUAGAUAAUCGGAAUAUAAGCCAUAGAGAGGUGAAGUACAGUUGCUUUUAUAAGUACUAUUUUGAAAAAAAAAACUAAUAUUGUUAUGCAAAUAUGUACGUAGUAUGUGCGUCUGUAAACGUAUAAUUGUAGAUGUAAAUAUAUUCGGCUCUGUACCUUUAUUGUGAAGACUGUUAUUGUUAUAUGUAAUAAAUAAGUACACAACA